AUCGCACCAACGCGCGCCGGAAGUAAUCAGGGACGCAGCGCCGCGGCGCGACGGCUGGACUGCGGGCUGGCACUGCUAUGCCGGUCACCGGGAAGACUUUCCGUCGGCGCCGGGCCGACUCGGAGUCGGAGGAGGAUGAGCAGGACUCAGAAGAGGUUCGAUUAAAACUGGAAGAGACCCGAGAGGUGCAGAACCUGAGGAAGAGGCCCAAUGGGGUGAGUGCUGUGGCCCUACUGGUGGGAGAGAAGGUACAAGAAGAGACCACUCUAGUGGACGAUCCCUUUCAGAUGAAGACAGGCGGUAUGGUGGACAUGAAGAAACUGAAAGAAAGGGGCAAAGAUAAGAUCAGCGAAGAAGAAGACCUCCACCUGGGGACAUCAUUUUCUGCAGAAACCAACCGCAGGGACGAGGACGCAGACAUGAUGAAGUACAUUGAGACAGAGUUAAAGAAGAGAAAAGGGAUUGUGGAACAUGAGGAACAGAAAGUCAAGCCAAAGAAUGCAGAGGACUGUCUUUAUGAACUUCCAGAAAAUAUCCGUGUUUCCUCAGCAAAGAAGACUGAGGAGAUGCUUUCCAACCAGAUGCUGAGCGGCAUCCCCGAAGUGGACCUGGGCAUUGAUGCUAAAAUUAAAAAUAUCAUUUCCACGGAGGAUGCCAAGGCCCGUCUGCUGGCAGAGCAGCAGAACAAGAAGAAAGAUAGUGAGACAUCCUUUGUGCCUACCAACAUGGCUGUGAAUUAUGUACAGCACAACAGAUUUUAUCAUGAGGAGCUCAAUGCCCCCAUACGGAGAAACAAAGAAGAGCCCAAAGCCCGGCCCUUAAGAGUGGGUGACACAGAGAAGCCAGAACCUGAGCGGUCCCCUCCUAACCGCAAACGUCCUGCUAACGAGAAGGCCACUGAUGACUACCACUAUGAGAAGUUCAAGAAGAUGAACAGGCGGUACUGAGGUGUGCACAGUGUGAUGUAAAUAGCACCUUCCCUACCCUCCCUCCCAUGAGAAAAGGCUUCCUGGAGAGAAGCCUGCUCAUUUACUAGCAGACAGUUCCAAAAACAGACUAACAUUUUGAAACAAAACAAUGUGCAGUUUUCCUACUUGGAGAUGAACUCUGUUCCUGUGAGCAUUAUUAAAACUUGUUUGUAAAUAUGUUAACUUUCUCUCAGUAUUUGUUCUGGGUCAGGAGGAAAGAGCUGUGUGUUCAUGGUGUGAUAAUGCCCUUUAGAUUGUGUUUUUAUUAUUGUAUAUGCCAUCAUGUCUUUUUCAGAUAUUUGAAACAGGGCUCAGAAAUGCAUCCUUAUUGUUUAGAGCAGGUCCAGCUGAUAGCAGAAAAAUCCAAGAUACUGGAUCAAAGGGAUACUGGCAUUUUAUGACUUUUGCAAAGAUAUCUGUUUCUUUUCAUUAAAAAUGAAAAAGCAAAAACUACAUUUCUUAUCACUUAGAAUUUAAUUUUUAAAUACUAAAUGAAUCCAACCUAA